AUGUUCAUUACCGCGGCGGCGGCCUUCGUCUGGGCAAACUUGAAUCCAACAAAUUACAUCGGCGGCGUCAGUUUCCGCCCUGAGCGCGACAUUCCGGAUCUUUCGGGGAAGGUUGUUCUCGUUACGGGAGGAAACGCCGGCCUUGGGAAGGAGACGAUCCGGCAAAUCCUCAAACAUAACCCCGAGCAGGUCUUUCUCGCUGCGCGAUCCGAGGAAAAGGCCCAGAACGCGAUAAGGGAGCUUGAGUCGACUGCGCCCAACGUCAAAAUCACCUGGCUCCCGCUGGAUCUGACAUAUACGAAGUCCAUUCACGAUGCAGCUGAAUUAUUCAAAUCGCAUGCGUCGCGCCUCGACAUUCUGAUCCUCAACGCGGGCGUCAUGUCCCUCCCACCGGGCGAAACGGAUCUAGGGCAUGAGAUCCAACUAGGAACGAACCAUACGGGACACUUUCUGCUCACGAAGUUGCUUCUCCCCACACUACUCAAGACCGCUGAAGAGCCGGGCUCUGAUGUCCGCGUCGUUUCGCUCUCUUCGAUCGGACAUAACCUCGCGCCCGACUUUGAGACUGUGCUCGAUCAGACGAAGUUGAAGCAAUGCAAUACGCACGCCCGCUACGGCGCAUCCAAGGCCGCUAAUAUCCUCUUUGCCGCUGAACUCGCGCGUCGGUAUCCGUCGAUCACGGCCGUCUCCGUACAUCCCGGUAUCAUCGUGACGGAUCUCUACGGCGCCGUCGGCGCAAGCAACCCGCUUGCGGCGGGGGUGAUCAAAAUCAUGGGCAUGAUCGGGACGAAGGUCGAACAAGGCGCGUGGAACCAGCUCUGGGCUGCGGUGGGCGCGAAGAAAGGCGAGCUUGUCAACGGUGGCUACUAUGUCCCUGUCGGCAUUGGGAAGCCACGAAAUCGCUAUGUGACCGAUCAGCAAAUGGGGAGCAGACUGUGGGAGUGGACGGAGACGGAGCUUAGGAAGAGCGAGGCGAAGCUUUGA